AUCUGAGGCGGAGUUGCAAAGUGGGGCCCACUUCCAGAGAGUCUUCCUCUCCACGACUCCCCCGGGCCGCGGGCUCUAUGCUGCCGCGACCUUCCGCUCACCAUCGGCCAUGGCCUUCUCUUCCUUGCUCGUGCCCUUCUCCCCGCCUUCUGGAAGGUUCCAUGCCCGCCCCACCGGAAGGUGCCGAGCCGGCGAGCCCGGGAGGUUCCUGGCGUGCUCCUCACCCCCACCCGAUGUCGUGGUGACGCGCGAACGGGGAAAGAACGCCAAGCUCAUCGCCGCGCUGGAAAAGCAUAACAUACACUCUCUGGAACUUCCUCUUAUUAAGCACGUGGAAGGCCCUGAUACAGAUAGGCUUUCAGAUGUCUUACGUAAUGACAAGUUUGACUGGAUUACUAUAACCUCUCCUGAGGCAGCUGCAGUGUUCCUUCAGGGAUGGAAGGCUGCAGGAAGUCCUAAGGUGCGUGUAGCGGUUGUUGGAGCAGGAACUGCAAGGACUUUUGAUGAAGUAUUAGAGUCUGAUGAUCGAUCUCUUGAGGUUGCAUUUUCUCCUUCUAAAGCUAUGGGUAAAGUCUUGGCCUCAGAGCUUCCAAGGGGCACUGAGAAUACUUGUAAAGUGUUGUAUCCUGCAUCUGCAAAGGCUGGUCAUGAAAUUCAGGAUGGGCUAUCAGAUCGAGGAUUUGAUGUGACAAGACUAAAUACAUAUACAACUGUACCUGUAGAAGAUGUGGAACCAGUAACUUUAAAGCUUGCUCUUUCAGCUCCAGUUAUCGCAGUAGCUUCUCCUUCCGCACUAAGAGCUUGGUUAAAUCUCAUUUCACGAGUUAAUAAUUGGAAUAACUCCAUUGCUUGCAUCGGUGAGACCACUGCCUCAGCAGCCAAGAAAUUAGGCCUGGAGAGCAUAUAUUAUCCUACAACCCCUGGACUUGAUGGGUGGGUUGAAAGCAUUCUCGAAGCUCUGGAAGUCCAUAAGCAAUCAAAAGAGGUUCCGAAGUGUUGAAAACGACCAGACCUCGUACCAGAUGAUGGAGCUUCUUGACGUCUGUGGGCGGCUGUAGAUUGAAGUAUUCUUUGCUUCUUCGACUAAUCGCACCCAUUUUUCUUCGUUAGUUGAAGAGAGAGGCAAAACCGUAUCGUCAGCUACUGUAGACUUGUAAAUCGUGAGCUGUGCAGUGUAGCAUGUCAACAAGUGCUGAAUCAGAGUUCUGUACCGGGGCACUGUAAAUUGUGAGCCGUGCAGUGUAGCAUGUCAACGAUUGCCGAUUCACAGUUAAUGUACCGUACCACAAAUUGUUCUGUGUUGUGAUACCAAAUUUUGCCGACUUGUACUGCUCAUUUUCCACCAGAAGAUGAGGGGAUGCUUUGUACAGUACAGGUGCA